AAAACACGCAUUUUAUGACAUAAGUUAACCUACGUAGAAGAAGAGCUCAAUAAUGUUCCAGAAAUAGUAAGGCACUCUGAAUCUCAAGAUCCUCUCUCUCGUCUUGAAAAGAGAAGAUGAAUAAAUUAUAUUUGAGCAGAGACGAGCUAGCUCUAAUAAUCCUAUACUUAAAAAAAGCUGAGGCUAGAGAUAAGAUAUGCAGAGCUAUACAGUUCGGUUCCAAAUUCUUGAGCGGUGGGAAACCUGGUACUGCUCAAAAUGUAGACAGAAACACCAGUUUGGCUAGAAAAGUGUUCCGUCUUUUUAAGUUUCUCAAUGAUUUUGACUCUCUUAUUAGCCCUGCGCCUAAAGGAAUUCCUCUUCCUCUUGUUAUACUCGGAAAGUCCAAGAAUGCACUCUUGUCUACCUUCUACUUUCUUGAUCAAUUCGUCUGGCUUGGUAGAUCCGGCAUAUUUAAGGGCAAAAUACUAACUGAGAUCAUUUCACGUAUAUCAAUUCUCUGCUGGAUGGGAUCAUCUUUGUGUAUAAUAGCAAUCCUGAUUUGUGAGCUCAUAUGGCUCCCCCCAUCUAUGAAGAAGAAGGAUAAGGAACUCAAAGAUGAUGACAAGUAUAAUGAUGAGAUGCAUCGUGCUGAGCUCAAGAAAUCAAAAGACAGAAUUCUAGGUUUGAUUAAAUCAAGCAUGGACGUUAUUGUAGCCAUUGGUGCUCUUCAUUUAGUUCCAAUGAUUGUUACUACUCGUGUUACUGGCGCUUUCGGGUUUAUUACCUCACUCAUCUCUUGUUAUCAGGUAAACUUAACCUUCCUUCCAACAAACCCCACUUCCUAGUUCACAUCUUUCAU